AUGUCAGAAGGCGAGUCGUCGGCCAAGCCCGCUUCUUCCAAGGGUAAAUCGAAAGGUUUCGACACCAGGAAGUUUGCCAUUGAUCUCGUCACUGGCGGAACUGCCGCCGCGAUCUCCAAGACCGCCGUGGCCCCCAUCGAGCGAGUGAAACUCCUGCUCCAGGUCCAAGAUGCCUCGCUAUCCAUCGCGGCGGACAAAAGAUACAAGGGAAUCAUCGAUGUGCUUGUCCGCGUCCCCAAGGAACAAGGGUUUGCGUCGUUGUGGAGAGGAAACUUGGCCAAUGUGAUCCGCUACUUCCCCACUCAGGCCCUCAACUUUGCCUUCAAAGACACCUACAAGAAGUUGUUCGUCGCUGGGUAUGUGUUUUUGAUUUUUGUGAUUUGAUUUUAGGGUUGAUUUGUAUGUGUUAAAAGGAGUGAUGUAAUAGAGGUCAAACUCGAUUGCAUUUGAAGUUAGAGGGCAUUUUGAGACAUGAAGUAUAGAGUGAAAAGUCUUGUUUUUGAUUUGUCAAUUACAUGGGAGGCUUUUGAGUUUUUGCCGAUAUUGUUUUAGAGAUUUUAGAUAUCAAACUUUUUUGAUUUUUUUGCCAUUUACAAUUAGCCAAAUUUGCUCUUCUUGAGCAGUAAAGCGAUACCUUACAUCAAUGUUGUAAACGUUAGAAUUUUUUCCUUUUUAUAAAAUUAUUAAAAUUUCUUGCAGAUACGACAAGAAGAAGGAUUUCUGGAAGUUCUUUGCCGGCAAUUUGGCCUCUGGCGGAGCUGCUGGAGCCACGUCUCUGUGCUUUGUCUACCCUCUCGACUUUGCUCGAACCCGAUUGGCUGCGGAUGUUGGAAAGGCGGACAGCCGCGAGUUCAAAGGCCUCGGAGACUGUCUGGUGAAGAUUGCGAAGUCGGAUGGUCCAAUCGGCCUCUACCGAGGAUUCUUCGUCUCCGUGCAAGGUAUUAUCAUCUACCGUGCCGCCUACUUUGGAAUGUUCGACACGGCGAAGAUGAUAUUCUCGGCCGACAAGAAGCUCAACUUCUUUGCUGCAUGGGCUAUUGCUCAGGUGAGUUUUUGACUUGAUUUAUCCUUAUUUGUUCUGGGUUUAGACACUGUUCGAGUUAAUAUAUAUUAACCAUGAUAAAAAUAUUAUUUUAAGGUCGUCACUGUUGGCUCGGGCAUCCUCAGCUAUCCGUGGGACACGGUUCGUCGUCGGAUGAUGAUGCAGAGUGGCCGCAAGGACAUCCUCUAUAAGAACACUUGGGAUUGCGCCGUGAAGAUUGUCCGGAACGAGGGAAUGAGCGCCAUGUUCAAGGGAGCCCUGUCCAAUGUGUUCCGUGGAACUGGUGGCGCUCUGGUUCUGGCCAUUUAUGAUGAAAUCCAGAAAUUCCUUUAA